CGUGGUGAUGAUCGCCGGCUUCCUUCAGAUCUACCUCUUCAUUCUCUCGUCUGAACGGCAGAUCAUCAGGAUGAGGCUGGCCUUCUUUCAGAACGUCAUGAAACAGGAACUGUCCUGGUUCGACUCCCACUCAGCCGGAGAAAUUUCUGUCAAGUUAACCGACGACAUCUCAAAGAUUCACGACGCCAUUGGUGACAAGGGUGGCACAGCCCUACAGUGGUUCUCCUCAUUUUUGGGCGGCGCCAUCAUCAGCUACAUCUUUGGGUGGGAGCUGACCCUGAUCCUGCAGAUCUCCAGUCCCAUCCUGUUCUUGUCGGCUGGCACGAUAGGCUAUUUUUUCUCGACCAUGACAGCCAAGGAGAGGGUGGCUUACUCUAAGGCAGGGACGGUGGCGGAGGAGGUUUUGUCUUCCAUCAGGACCGUGCACGCGUUUGGGGGUCAGGACAAAGAGGCCAAGAGGUACAUUGCCAGUCUUUCCGACGCCCGGAAGUUUGGCAUUAGGAAAAGUUUGAUGGGCGGCUUGGGUCAAGGUAUGAUGUGGUUCAUUAUCUUCUGCAAUUGGGCUCUUGGAUUCUGGUACGGAGGCAGACUGGUCAGGCAUGGCGACUACGAGGUCAAGGAUAUGAUGACGGUAUUUUUCACAACCUUCAUCUCCUGUCUCUCCCUGGGGCUCGCCGCACCCUCCAUCGUCACCAUCAAUGUAGGCAGAGGAGCCGCCUACGACGUCUUUCGGUUGAUAGACCGGAUCUCAAAUAUUGACAGCUCAUCAACAGAGGGCUUAAAACCUGCGACCAUCACGGGGCGAAUACAAGUUCAGAACGUACAUUUUAACUACCCAAGCAGAGAUUCAGUCAAGAUAUUAAAUGGCCUUGACCUGACCAUCAACCCAGGUCAGACGGUAGCGCUCGUGGGUUCAAGUGGUUGUGGCAAGAGCACACUGAUCCAACUGUUGCUGCGAUUCUAUGACCCCAACAUUGGGAAGAUAACUCUUGACGACAUUGAUAUCAGAGACAUGAACGUAAAAUGGCUGAGACGAAGCAUUGGUUUAGUUGGCCAGGAGCCCGUGCUCUUUGCCACGACAAUUCUAGAGAACAUCCGGUAUGGCAACGGGAUGGUCUCCAUGGAGGAAAUCGUUCAAGCGUGCAAGAACGCCAACGCUUACGAUUUCAUCAUGAACUUGCCAGAGAGGUUCGACACGCACGUGGGAGAGAGGGGCGCACAGCUGAGCGGCGGCCAGAAACAGAGGAUCGCCAUCGCCAGAGCUCUGGUCAAGAAUCCAAGAAUUCUAUUAUUAGAUGAGGCCACUUCCGCUUUAGACAACCAGAGCGAGGCUGUCGUGCAGGACGCGUUAGAAAAGGCGAGCAAAGGUCGCUCCACUAUUGUUAUAGCACACCGACUGUCCACUGUGAGACAGGCUGACGUCAUUGUGGUACUGGACAAGGGCAGGGUUCAGGAGAAAGGGACGCACGACCAAUUGAUGGCGAAGAAAGGAUUUUAUUUCACCCUGGUAUCUAGUCAGCUUCGAAAACAAGAAUCUGAAAGUGGCGGUGACUCUGAUACAAACACUACAGUUGCUAAACCACUGGAAAUAUCUGUCGGUAACUAUGGCGACCAAGUUCUGAAGAUGGCCUACGUUGAAGACGAACUGGACUUGUCUGCGUCCUCGCUUUCAACCAUUGGCAGACUGCUCAAGAUGAAUUCACCUGAGUGGUUCUUUCUUGUCCUUGGGAGUCUGUCCAGCUUGACCAAUGGAGCCUUACAGCCUGCAUGGGCAAUCAUACUUAGUGAAGUUAUUAAAGCAUUCUCUAAAGAUGAUUUGCAAGACCAAAAAGACACCAUGCGAGACAUGAGUUUGUAUUCACUGGGCGUGGCCUUCGCAAGUCUCAUAACUUUCUUUUUACAGGACUACAUGUUUGGUUUGUCUGGGGAAGCGCUAACUAUGAGGAUCAGAGAUCUGUUAUUUAGAAGCAUUCUAAGAAAGAACAUCGCGUGGUUUGAUGACCACAGGCAUGAGACUGGCAUCCUGAGUACUCAACUAGCCGUGGAGGCUUCCGUCGUGCAGGGGGUGGUGAAGACGCUGGUCGGCAGCAUCCUGCUGAGUGUGGGCAACCUCGGCACGGGCUUCGUCAUCUCUCUCAUCUUCGGCUGGCAACUGGCUCUAGCACUGGCGGCAUUCAUACCGUUCAUGAUUUUAUCUGGUGGCUUGAUGGUAGCCACGGUUAGAGGUGGCUUGAUGGUAGCCACGGUUAGAGGUGGCUUGAUGGUAGCCACGGUUAGAGGUGGCUUGAUGGUAGCCACGGUUAGAGGUGGCUUGAUGGUAGCCACGGUUAGAGGUGGCUUGAUGGUAGCCACGUAUAGUGGUGGCUUGAUGGUAGCCACGGUUAGAGGUGGCUUGAUGGUAGCCACGUAUAGUGGUGGCUUGAUGGUAGCCACGGUUAGAGGUGGCUUGAUGGUAGCCACGGUUAGAGGUGGCUUGAUGGUAGCCACGGUUAGAGGUGGCUUGAUGGUAGCCACGGUUAGAGGUGGCUUGAUGGUAGCCACGGUUAGAGGUGGCUUGAUGGUAGCCACGUAUAGUGGUGGCUUGAUGGUAGCCACGGUUAGAGGUGGCUUGAUGGUAGCCACGGUUAGAGGUGGCUUGAUGGUAGCCACGGUUAGAGGUGGCUUGAUGGUAGCCACGGUUAGAGGUGGCUUGAUGGUAGCCACGGUUAGAGGUGGCUUGAUGGUAGCCACGGUUAGAGGUGGCUUGAUGGUAGCCACGGUUAGUGGUGGCUUGAUGGUAGCCACGGUUAGAGGUGGCUUGAUGGUAGCCACGGUUAUUGGUGGCUUGAUGGUAGCCACGAUUAUUGGUGGCUUGAUGGUAGCCAAGGUUAGAGGUGGCUUGAUGGUAGGUGUGUUGAGUGUUGCGUUUCUAGGAGGUGCCGCUAAAGAAAACAAAAAGGCCAUGGAAGACGCCUGCAAGAAUGCUCUUUCCUGUGUGGACAACAUCCGCACGGUGGCAGCACUGACCAAAGAGGGCACGUUUUACCGAAUUUUUUCCGCUGACCUCAUGCGUCCGGUCAAGUCGAACCUGAAGAGAGCUGGUCUGGCGUCGGCGGCGUUUGGCGUGUCGGGUGGGAUGUACUUCUUCACAUACGCCGUGGCCUUUUACUACGGCUCCAAGCUACUGGAAGACGACGACAUCGAUUUCAACGACAUUUUCAAGGUGUUUGGGUGUCUUGUCCUGGGCUCCAUGCAGCUGGGACGGGCUGUCGCCUUCGCCCCUGACACCAGCGCCGCCAUCAGUGCCGCCAGAAGAAUUUUUGCCAUUCACGACCAGACACCGCCCAUCGAUGCGUACUCGUUAGACGGAGAGGCGCCCCUGAAGUCAGAGUUCAACUCGACGAUCAGGUUUUCUAAGACGUUCUUCCGCUACCCCAUGCGCCCUGACGUCAGUGUACUUAACGGCCUUGACCUGGUGGUGGAGCCCGGUCAAACCCUAGCCUUGGUGGGGGAGAGUGGGUGCGGCAAGAGCACAAUCGUCCAGCUGAUUGAACGGUUCUACGACCCCGACCAGGGGGCGGUUUUCAUGGACAAGUACGACGUGAAGGAUCUGAACGUACAGUGGCUGAGAGCACAGAUAGGUCUAGUCUCACAGGAGCCCAUCCUCUUCGCCACGUCCAUUGCGGAGAACAUCGCGUACGGCGACAACAGCCGAAACUGCUCAAUGGAGGAGAUUGUAAAGGCAGCUAAGGCGGCCAACAUACACAGUUUCAUCAUUUCUUUACCUCAGGGUUACCAGACAAAUGUUGGCAGCAAAGGGACCCAGCUAAGCGGGGGUCAGAAGCAAAGGAUCGCCAUAGCCCGAGCUCUGAUUAGAAAUCCCAACAUCCUUUUACUGGACGAGGCCACGUCAGCGCUGGAUGCCGAGAGUGAGAAAGUGGUGCAAGAAGCUCUGGACAAAGCCAGGCAAGGACGAACCUGCAUCACAAUCGCCCACCGUCUCAGCACCAUCAAAGACGCGCAGAAGAUUGCGGUAUUCAAAGGCGGUGUUGUCCAGGAGAUAGGUACUCACACCCAGCUCAUGUCAAACCGUGGACCGUAUUACAAGCUGAUCACCUCCAACAUGUAGAGGGAAGCAGCAAUUCAUGAAAACUAAGCUACGUAAAAGCUGAAGUGCUUUCUUAUAGCGAACAGUUGAUUCAAUGUCAGCAGAUAUAAAAAAAAGAUAUUAGAGAAUACAUGUCGUCAAAGAAAAUCGAAACAACA